AUGGACGAUGCCCUGGGAAAUGUUAAUGACCCUAAUUAUACCUACCCUUCUUUCCCAAAUGUCAGUAAACAUUAUGAUAAUGUUUCAGAAGAUAUGUCAUCACAUGACCCCUCUGAUGAUGAAAGAGAUGUGAGUUUCAGAACUAAUUUUAUAACAGUCACUUUUUUCACUGAAGUGGUCAUCUCCGUUUUCGGCACCUUGGGAAACGGGGUUGUCAUCUGGUUCCUGGGCUUCUGCAUUGAGAGGAAUCCUUUCAGCACCUACAUCCUGAACUUGGCCAUUGCUGAUUUGGGGGUCCUCCUAUCAGUUCCAGUUAAUACUUUUUCCCUCUGGUUUACAUCUAUUCCUAGCUCUGAUGAAAUUUCACUUGUGUCCCAAUACCUGGCCCUAUUAAUGUACAGCGCUAGUCAAUUUCUCCUGACGGCUAUCAGCAUUGACAGGUGUGUGGCCGUCUUCUUCCCACUUUGGCACCGAUGCAAGCGGCCACCGCAUUUAUCCACCGUUGUGUGUGCACUGAUUUGGGUCCUCUCCUUCCUGCUCACUUCGAUUUCCUACGUUCUCAUAUUUCUUAAUUUAAAUGAGACGACGACGAUCGGCGACUCUUACCAGUUGAUUGCGAACGCCGUGCUCUGCCUCCCGGUCAUGACGAUUGCCACCGUGUCCCUGUUCAUCAGAGUCUUUUUGAAAGCAGGACAGCAUCGGAGGGGGAGGCUUUUGACCAUCGUCUUGCUCACUCUUCUCUUCUUCCUCCUCUUUGCUUUUCCAUAUAAUGUCAUGAAGGUCCUCUCUGAUCACAAUUAUGUCCCAGAAUACACGACAUUUGUUACAGGUGUAUUAGCCUGUCUGAAUAGCAGCGUAAACCCAGUCAUUUAUUUCCUGGUUGGGAGACGAUGGAAGUCCAGACGGAGGGAGAGUGUGAAGAUGAUCCUCCAAAAGGUUUUCAAGGAGGAAAAAGGCUAUACUGAUGAAACCCCAGUUUAA